CUGCGGAUGCCCUAAUGUUUCAAUAUAAAGCUCUGAAGACGGAUCCUACGGGGUCAAUCCACCUUCGCUUGUCAUGGCAUCUGCUCUCACAUUUACGCACAAGCAAUGCCAGGAUUGCAAGAUUAUUGACAGUGCUGGCAGCGUGAUCUACACACUGCGCACCACGAAAGAUUUUUUCCUUCGGGGCCGCAGAGUUACAUCUAUUGAGGGAGGUGGGUUGUUAGGACGGAUCGACUGGCGCGCUGGAGAGUUUGAUGUGGGUGGCUAGGUCUUGAAAUGGUCGGAUGCUGGCGGUACUCGCUCGGCUCCGGAAUGGCGUUGGAGUGGUUCUUUGUAUCGCUUGGAAUGGCAGGAUGGACGCCGUGAACUCUUGGCUACGCUGACUUCCGACAACGUACCUGCCUUCACGAUGCUCUUCACUCCAUACCAACCCCACCUAUUCGGAAAGAACGAGAAGCCGACGAUUCGAUUCCUUGACGCAGUCCAGGACGAGAAGCUGAAGCUAUUUUUACUCCUUGCGGCACUGCAGAUGGAAAUGACGAGGCAGGAUGCCGCCCGCGACCGACAGAAUGCAGCGAUUGAUGGAUCGGGAGGCGCAGCGGUAUAAAAGGCGGAAUAUGAAAUCCUUCCAGGAGCUGGUAAUAAACCUGACGACAACCUACAUUUUGCGAUGGAACAUCUCUUCCCGAUGCCUCGAAAAAAAGCGCAAAAUCGAUUCAGAAAAGAUCAUUAGUGUGUCUCUACUGAGAAAGUCGGUCAGAGAGACUAAUGAAGAAUUGAACCAACUGUGUGCGUCAGAAAUGUGCAAACGUGGCGACGGAGGUUCCUAGUUUGAUGAUCUCCUGCCGUAUUAUGAGGGCGAUUUCAGAAGGCCGCUGGGUACCGUUUUUUGCUUUUGGUAGAUCCAAGUCAUCAGCGAGGGUAGAACUUGUCCGCAUCAAGGAGUGUACACGGCACUCUAAUCUCGCGAGUCGAAGAAUUGUUGUCCCAUCCGUUAUAUGAGGCGGAGGGUCAUCGAUUGUUGCUUGAUGACUUUCAUUGCAGUCAGUGCAGAGAGACUUGGUCCUUCGAUGAACCUCGCUGUUUCACUGAUCUUCAUUCCGUUUUGUCAAGAAUUCACUCCAUUGUUCUUCGAUUGCUUGCUGACCGGCUGAAUCAGAGGCUUUAGCCCUUGAAAUUUCCCAUAGUUCUCCCUCCGUUCAUGCGCGCUUGAGCGCCAUCAAAGCGCCAACGAAGUCCAAUCACAUUGUUGGGUGUCAAAACCUUGCUUGGAAAUGCAACGCAUUGUCCUUGGCCCGAAACCCCUGAUAUAAGGAUGACUCUUUCGCAGCAUCUCUUAAAACAUUGCUCCAGGAUCCAAGAUGGCAACAGCUCACCACGGAGAAGAAAUUUACGGCUUGCUGAUCGCUCAAACUCUGGAACCGAGCCAUGACGAGCUUAGAUAUGCCGUGCUGCAAGCUUGCCGCCGAAUGGGGCUCAUGGAGUGGGGGAGCGGCGAAUUGGACAACGUCGGCCUCUACAACCUGCUCAAAUUCAUCGUGGAUAUAAUGAAAGUCCUGGAGACACUGGAGGAUGAGCUCGAUGCCUUGCCGGCGAAGUCCGUGCGGGAACUGUGGAGAGUGUUCGUCGAUCUCAUGUCGAUGGUUCAGGACUACUGGAUCCGUUCCCCCGUCUCGCAACCACGGGAUCCAUUUUCCGAUCACCAGGGCGAGAUAUUCACCAUCGCCGCGAUGCGAUUCAUGGCCGUCUCUCGUCAGCCGUGUGUUACGGAGCUGAUUGUGGACGCCGUUCGCGAAGACCUGAUCUCGUUGAUCCGUGCUGGAAGGUAUCACGUUUCAUACAUGGACUGGUUGAUGAGUGAGAUACGAGCCCUGCAAAUUCAGUACCAAUAAAAGUCUAGUCAUCAUUCACGCAAUAUUCAAAUAAAAUCUAGAGCGGCGCACAAACAUUACUUUGAAUGACGGGUAGACGGAAAACCACAACCCUAACAAUUGGAUGCGAUCAGGCCGACAGUACAA